AUGGCGCAACCCACGUUUAAUCGACAGCCACCCUCUCAGAACUAUGGCCUCGUCUCAUUCCCAGCAGCGCAUGUUAUGCUGGUUGUCUUCAACCGACCCAAAGCUCUCAAUGCCAUGACCAGCGAUGCAGAGUAUGAGCUCGAAGCUCUCUGGGAGUGGUACGACAACGAGCCGUCGCUGCGCUGUGCCAUCGUCACAGGCGCUGGGCGUGCGUUCUGCGCCGGAAUGGACCUCAAGGAAUGGAACCAGAUCAACCAGCGCAAGAGAGACGGGAUUCCCGAGAAGCGACCGAUGGACCCGCCCACGACGGGUUUCGGCGGCCUUUCACGGAGGAGCGGAAAGAAGCCCAUCAUCGCUGCGGUCAACGGCUUGGCCAUGGGCGGUGGCUUCGAGAUGAUUGCGAACCUCGACCUCAUCGUCGCCGCUAAAGGCGCGACUUUUGCUCUCCCGGAGGCCAAGAUCGGAGUCGUCGCCAAUGCCGGCUCUCUGCCGAGACUAGCCAGGACGAUUGGACGCCCACGAGCCACCGAGAUGGCCCUAACAGGACGAAGCAUCAGCGCUGCAGAGGCGCGCGAGUUCGGCAUCCUCAACGCCAUCGCUGACGAUGCGCCAGCGGACAGCGACGUGCUGGAGCGGCCUGUGGUGAAGAAGGCGCUCGAGUACGCCGCGGCAAUUACCAGCAACAGCCCUGACAGCGUUAUUGCGUCUCGGGCGGGCAUCCUUGCGGGCUGGGAGCAUGGCAGCGCCGAGAAUGCGGUGCGGGUGCAUCGCCAGACGUGGGACGCUGUAAUGGCGGACGGACAUAACUUCCAUGAGGGAGUGCAGGCCUUUGUGGAGAAGAGGGCCCCGAGAUGGGUGGAUAGCAAGUUGUGA